AUGGAGCAAGGCAAUCAAUUGAAUUGGUCAAUAGACGAUGCAGAGCGACAACAAUAUAUACAGAAAGUAGCUGUAAAGCUGGGUAUAUCAUAUCCUGACAGGACAGAGAAAGAGUUAUAUGAACGAGCUCAAGGCUUUGAACAGAAGGUGUUUAACAAGCGAUAUCCAACUAGAGAACAAUAUGUCGCAGAGUUGGCUGGUCUAUUGUAUAAGUUGGAGAACAAGCAACAACAGACACCUGGCCAACAGACUCCUGGUCAGCCAACACCUGGUCAACAACAUCGUGAUCAGACACCACCGCUUAAUACACAGCAGGUGCAGACACAGACACAGCCAAUCAAUGGACAACACAACAUCAAGCAGCAGCAACAUAUACCAAUUGGCAACACUGGUACAGCGACAGCACCCAACAACCAACAAGCAAACUAUCUGGCGGCUAAUCAGCGCCCAAUGGCUGCUCAAUCACCGACAAACUCAUCAUUCACACCUGCAUCUCCCGCCAACUUCACGCCGACGCCGACGUCGGGGCCAAUGACAAUGCCGUCAAAUCAAGGCAACGCGCCAAUGACGACGCAGACACAGACACAGACACAGACGCAGAUCAAGACACCACUCACACAGCAACAGAUCACACAAAUAUUCAAUCAGAAGAAGGCGCGUCUCGACUCGAUCGAGUCGAACCCACAGUUCAAAGCAGAGGCCGAUAAGCUGCGACAGGAGCUGACGAGUCUGCAGCAAUACACCGCCAAGAUGGCGGCACAGUCGCCCAUCACGCAACAGCAUCCUGCUGCGGCCAAUCGGCCAAGUCUACCGGGCACAUCACCAGCCAACAUUGUCGGCUCGCCACUACCCGCGCCCCCAUCCAAUCUCAAGAACCCUCCACAGCCAACGUCGACGCCGGUUGGCAAGUCGGCACCACCCGCUUCACCAUUCGCGACACAUCCACCGCUGCCGACCAACCCACUGUCUGUUCCAGCUAAGCCAAUGGCACAGGGUGGCGCUGGUGCUGGCCCUGGCGGCGCAGGCGGUGUUGGUACAGGAGGCCUGGUAAGUGGUGGGCCGCCACGCCCACCAGUUGCGCCAGAGCUGGAGCAAAAGUAUUGGGAUCUACUCAAGCGUCUCAAGUCCAUGACCAGGAUCAUCGAGCCUUACAUCCCCCAGCAACAGGACAGGAAUCGACUCAGCGACACCAUGCAGCGCAUCAAGCAAUCAUCACAAGAGACUGGCUCCACAUUCAAGAUGGAGGAGCUCGAAUCCCUCGACAAGACCCUCCAUCAGUUCUUUGAGACAAAGAUCGCCACUGAGGAGUUCUUCAUGAAGAGGAUCAUCGACACGCUGAAGAACAUACCGUAUGAGUCAUUGAUCUUUAUUGAAAGGGACUUGCUUUCGACAUUGGAGCGUUCAAAGAGGUUCACGCCAGACAACAUUGUGAAUAGAUCAGGUGGCAUCUGCUCAAGGACACAGCUGUGGUUCAAGAAUCCUAUACUCAACAAUCCAUUCAUCGAUGCACCAUCAAGCGAUAACAUUACACCAAAGCGCAAGCAACAACAACAACAACAAUCACAAUCAUCAACAACAACGACAAACACAACAUCGACUACUGAUUCCACUCUGCAAGUGGAUGCAUCCAAACGACAACGACUGGGCGAUGAUUCAAACAAUGAUACAAGCCUAUCAUAUUUGACAAGCUUCAUGACUGAUCUCAUCAAGUUAACAAACAAUGACAACACAAUGGUACCUGCCAAGCGUAUUGACAAUGAGACUAUUGUCAUUUCCGAGCUAUUCAGGAGCGACUCAAACAAGAACUUGUACGUCCACUUUCAACCAUCGAUUAUAACACCAGCUUGGAGUGGCUCGCGUCACAAUGCUCCCUUGUGUAUAAAACAGGUGCCGGCGAUACAAAUAUCGACCGACUCCGAACUCUACUAUAUCCAGCCGCUCUGUAGAUGCUCGUGCAACAGUGCCGUUGACAUCAUAAAUAUGUACAAACAAGCAUCGUCCCGUGGCGACUGUAUAAAGCGCGAGCUCCUGGCGAUCGAGCAGCGCAAGCAGUACAGCAGCAAGGUCCGUAUGAACGAGCACGACAGCAGUCUCGAGCUGCACUUCACCUUCACCACACAUUCCAAACGACCUACCAUCACACUGAUCGUCAUUGUACCCGACGACUAUCCAAGCCAACCUGUUAACUUUAUGCUUCCACUUGAAUAUGAGCUCUCUCCAUUCCUGACAGACAUUAUGAAGACUAUGUACAAAGAGUGGCACAACAUGGUAUACAAUAUGCACGCCAACAAUGUGGCGAUGGACGGUAGCACCAAGUACAAUGGAAACAUCGUCGAAACACUUGAUCUGUUUGAUCAAGUCAUUGAGAGGAUAGUCAAUAAACAAUGA